GAACAACUCAACGCUUUCUGCGCGCUGCAGUUGACUGCAACUUGCAUUUAUUUGCUCAUCGCGCGCAGCAUGUGCGGUCGUUUCUCUCUCGGCCUUCCGCAUGGUGAGAUACAGGCCCUGCAUGGCUAUAACGUCCAAGUCGCGGAAUGGAUAGAGCAAGACCAAUUUGUGCCAAGGCAUAACAUUGCACCGCGUUCGCAAGCCCCCGUCUUGCAUAACAGAGAGACCGGGGAAGGCAAUGAAAUCGAACCAGCCGCUGACGUGCUCAUGCACACUAUGAAAUGGGGUCUAGUGCCUCACUGGAGCAAGCACGAGGACAAGACUUUGAGUACCACAAAUGCCCGGUCUGAGAAUCUCGUCGAGGGCGGAGGUAUGUGGGCCAGUAUCAAGGGAAAGCGCCGCUGUGCUGUGUUAUGCCAAGGCUACUAUGAGUGGUUGCGCAAGGGCAAGGAGCGUUUCCCCCAUUUCACAAAACAUAAGGACGGUCGGUUGAUGCUACUGGCUGGUUUAUACGACCGCACAGUACUGGAAGGAGAGAGUCAACCGCUUUGGACGUUCACGAUCGUGACUACUGCCGCUAAUAAGGAGUUUGAGUGGCUACAUGACAGGCAACCGGUCAUCCUGUCUAGCACAGAGGCGUUGAAGACUUGGCUUGACACAUCUACGCAGAAGUGGGCUCCGGGGCUGUCCGAACUGGUCGAGCCAUACAGCGAUUCCUCAUCCCCUCUUGUUUGGCGAGUAUUCAACUACCAAGUACCCAAGGAAGUCGGCAAAGUGGGAACGGAAUCGCCGACAUUCAUCCAGCCUAUUUCGGAGAGGAAGGACGGUAUCCAGGCCAUGUUUUCCAAGCAGCAAGCAGCGGCAACAUCUUUGCCAAAGAAAAGGAAGCGGAGCGCAUCUCCGUCGCAGUGCGACAUCAAGCGAGAUGUGAAAGAGGAAAGCUUAGCUGCGACUCCCCAAAACCCUUCUGUCGAGAAGCUGAACGCAUGGGAAGACGAUUCGGAUAUUGAAUAUAUAGACGGCCCUUAUACACCCAAACCCGAGGUAUGA